AUUGGGAGGUAACAACGACUUGUAGACUUUUUAUACCACAUUUGUAUUUGGAAAUAAUCAUGAUUUCAGCUUUUUCACAAUAAUUGAGAGUUGGUUGUUUAUUUCAGGCCCAAUUAUAUUUCAUUCAAGAAGCAGUGUCAGCCCCUGAUUGGCCAAGGAGAUGAAGGGGCGUGGUUUGUGUCGUGCGAACGGUGCGAAGCCGCUGCGCGAGUCCGCGAUGCGGGCCUUGACACAGCACACCAAACAAGUGAAACAGCGAAACACAGCAAGGCUGAUGUCGGAAUGCCAAGCCAGCUACACAGCAUCAAGGUGUAGGAGUGCAAGGAGUCAAGGCAGAAUUUAGCAUUUAUUCAGUGGGAUAUCCUCCCAACAAAAUGCACCGAAGAUCUCUGCCCUCACGACAAGCUCAUGGGAAAGAAGAUGAGGAGGUUGCAAAAAAGAAAGCAAGAUCAGCAGAAGAAGAGAGCAAGAAGGGGAUUCGAACUCGCCUCUCAACAGGCACACUAGUCAUGACAGGAACUUCCACCUUGUCUGCCAGUGAGGUCGGCAAAGAGAGGCCAAGUUCCCCCUCUGUCCCGACCCCUCCAGCGGGAGAUGCUGGCAGCUCUGUGAAAAAACAACACAAAGAUCACCCGUCAGCGUCUUUACCGUCUUUGAGGAAACGACGGAUGGAGGAGAAGAAGGACGCUCCCAGCAGCUCUGACGGGCCAAGCGUGCCUCCCAAACGGAAAAAAAUUGGACGAAAUAAUGGCAGUGGGGAGGACAACAAGAACGACUAUUUCUGCUGGUUGUGCCACAAGGAGGGCCUGGUCAUCUGCUGUGAGCUGUGCCCGCGCGUCUUCCACGCCAAAUGCCUCAAUAUGGACAACGUUCCACAGGACUGGGUCUGCCCGGAGUGUGAGAAAAUCAUGCAGGCAGAGUGUACGGACACCCGCUCCAAAGCCAUGUCGAUGAUCACAGUGGAUGUCUUGUGUACUCUGAUGAGGUACGCCCUGGACCGGAUGAGAGCCGUUGGGACGGAGACCUUUGAGCAUCUGGUGGACCCUUCUCAGUUCCCGCAGUACUCAGACUUUGUCUUCCACCCUAUGAGCUUAUCUAUGCUGGAGAAGAACAUCCGGAAAAAAGUGUAUGGCUGUACAGAGGCGUUGAUGGCAGACACCAAAUGGAUCUACCACAACUCUUACGUCUACAACGGAGCACAAAGCAAGAUCACACUGGCAGCAAGAGCAUUGCUGAAAGUCUGCAAACACGAGAUGAGCGAGAUCGAGGUGUGCCCAGAUUGUUACUGGAGCUCUUGUGUCCAGAGCAGCAGCAAUUGGUUCUGCGAGCCCUGUAGAACCCCUCAUCCCCUUGUGUGGGCCAAACUCAAAGGUUAUCCAUUUUGGCCGGCAAAGGCUCUGCGGGUAAUGAACGGUCAAGUGGACGUCCGGUUCUUUGGUGCCCAUGACAGGUCAUGGGUCCCUAUCUCAGCGUGCUACAUGCUGUCGUCAGAUAGUCCAGUGGCCGUCAAGAAAGGUCGGGGCGGCUAUGAGGAGGCCAUGAGGGAGGUCAAAGUUCAUGUGGAAAAUCUCAGAGAAAAGUUUGGCAGUUUCAAGUACGCCAGGCUGCGGGUUCCCUUCACCAGCAGCUGCUUCACAUCGGUGAAAAAAAUUCUGGGGGGAGACCCGGCCAGUAGAACCUCGAAGGAUGGCGAGAAAACGAAACAGGUGGGUGAGGGUCCGUCCACAGAACGCCAGUCAGCGGCCAGCAAAACGGCCAUGGCCGUCAAGUCUAAAUAUAGCACGCUCAGCUCUCGGAAGGCCAACCCACCCACAAACACCACAACAGCAACAACAGCGUCGGCGACGGCCACCGCCACAAUGACGACGACGACCGCCACCAGCUCAUCCUCAACCACCUCUGGCUCGCAGCAGAGACAGGUGAUUUACCUGAAGCCGAUGCAGAAGGGCGUGUUCCUUUUGUCGCAGCAACAGAUGGAGCCACUGACUGACCUGGCCUCAAAGCAGGGGAGAGUACCCAAGCCCAAUCUGCCAGAUCUGCAGCUGCUCAAACGGAUUGAAGACAAGAUCAACGCGUCACCAACCGCUUCGACAACCUCAUCGCAGGGACUUUCUACCGCAACCACAUCAAGUACAGAAAGUUCCGGUACAGCUGCCCGUGGUCAAACGGCUGGAAUGAGCCAUGGUAGUGCCGAGGGGGGGUCAGGGGAGAGCACUCAGACGAGAGAGAGUUUAGACGAGAAUGAUGGAAGAGAACCGCGAGUGGAGAGUCGAGGAAGUGAGGAAGGCAGUAGCAGUGACAAAACUACGUGUGCUAAAGAUGGGGACAACUCUGAAUUAACGUCGGAACCCGAGGAUAGUAGUAGUGGUAGUAGUAGUGUCAUUAGGAGAGAAGGAAGUGAUGUCGGUGGUGCCUUGGUCCGUUCCAACGGUGAGAAAAGUCUGAGUAAAGGUGACGGUGAUGGACUGUUGCAUAGUAGCAGCACCAGUAAGAGCCACAGUAACAACAGUAAGAGCCACAGUAACAACAGUAAGAGCAAUAACGACGACGAUAAAGAAUCUAGCAGUAGCGGCUGUGGAAACAAGGGAGGAAAUUUACCUCAUACUUCCUGUGCUACGGAUAGAUCUGACGAGACGGAGAGAGCCGCAGCAGGUGGAAUCGGGGAGUCGAAAGGGAAGGGGAAAGAACUCUCUGUGCCUCGUACGGGUGUGUCGUAUUUGACACUUUGUGCCACGACGCAGCAUGGGGAUGCUGGGAGGCGGGUGUUGGGGGGAGGUGGGGAGGAGAAGAAUGGUGGUCGCGGUGGGACGACAGCGACUGAGGAGGGAACAGAAGGGUCAAGGUCACAGCCGAGUCUUGCCGAGAGAACAGAUCAAAAUGCCGGCCACGCAGCAAAGGAAGGUGGCGAGGAGUCAAACAGUGAACAUGCGGGGCAAAAGUCCACAUCAGAACGUGGGGGAGAAAGUAACAGAAGUGUGAUAGAAAAGGGAAAUUUGUCGUCUUCUUCAUCAAGUGCGAACACCGAGGGCGACAUUUCAGCUGAAUCUCCGCAGCUCCCUGCUGUUUCAACAGCGCUGUCUGUAUCUCCUAGCAACAACAACAACAGCACCAUCACGUUGUCACCACCACCAUCAUCAUCAAAAUCUCCUUUGGUGACUGUGAGUCCAGGGUCUGUGUAUAAAGAGAGUUUGCAGAAAGUGAUAGAAACGUGCCGGGCGAAGCUGGGCAUAGAGAGGGUACAGAACGAGGAUUGCGAUGAUGAGGAGGAGGAGGAGGAGGAUGAUGACGUACUUCUGUUGACAGCGGAUGAUGAGGAAGAAGAGGGACGAGAUGGUGGGGAGGGAGGGAAGAGAGGAGGGCAGGUGGAGAGUGAUGAAGAGGAACUGUUGAAAGACGGCUCCGACGUGAGCGUUGAAAAGUCCAAGCCAGACGGAGAAAAUGGUGCCAGGGUGAUAACUCCGCAAAAGACUUCUAUGAAGAACUCUUCCGUUUCUGAAAAUGAAAAGGUUCAUUCUGACGAAAAGGGUAUGAGAGAAAAAAGUUUGGUAUCUGCAGGUGAUAAAGAAGACUUGACGAGCUCGGUCUCUGGGAAAGAGAUUGGGAAGGAGAAAUUGUGCGUUGCUGAAAAAGCGGAGGAGAGUUUAAACAGCGGCAAAAGUGAUGACAAGAGUGGUGAAAAAGAUGUUUCUGAUACAGUGUCCUCGACAGAUUUCUCGGAAACUUCCUCUGGUACCGAGAGAACGUCUGAGCAGUCGUCAAAGUCUCCUCACGGAAGCGGUGUGGCAAGUUCUGCCAGUGAUGCUGGGGCAGGGUCUGUGACGUCUGCAAGGAGUGCAGCUGCUUCAACAACAACCACAACAGCCUCGGCAGCAACAGCAACAGCAACAACUACAGCAGCAACAGAAGAGGGGAAAUCUGCAGCACAUACAGCAACAGCAGGAGUUGGUUCGUCAGCUGAAGGUACAAGCCGCGUGAGUGUUGAUGAUUCAGCGGAUCGAAAUUUGCCGGAAAAAAACAAGAAUCUUACUGGGGAAGAGAAAAAUGGCUCUGAAGCGGGCAAAGCUGGGGAUGAAGUUGAAGAGGGGUCUCCUAGCCCACAUGUGAUAACACUUGAUGAUGACGAUGAUGAUGAUGAUGAUGACAAUGGUUUUGUUGAAGAAGCGAUUGGUGUUGAGGAUGAUGAUGAUGACGAUGAUGAUGAUGGUGAGAACGUGAGCGAGACUGUGAGUCUGGACAUGGAGGUGGAGUGUGAGGAGGAGGAAGGGGGAGGGGAUGAAGUCAUAGACGAGGGAAGUGAGAACAGCAUCCUCAUCGAGGACGAUAACAACGACGACGACAACGAUGACGAUGAUGGUGAGAAAGGUGGAAAGGAGAACGAGGGGGUGACCUCGUCCCACACGGGUGUGACUUCGUCCCACAUGGAUAGAGUUCAAACCCUGAGCAACAAGAGUCAAACUUCCACGUCAGUCAUGUCAGCUACCUCAACGACAGCUGCUCCCUCCUCUCAAAAUCUCCCGUUGUCGUCGGCCGCUGCCAUAAUAUGUACGUCUUCCUCUUCGUCUUCCUCUUCGUCAUCGUGCUCUCCAUCAUCUCUGUCGGGUGCAGUUCCCGUCUCGGAGGACAAUCCGUGCGUUGUGAUAGAACCCGGAGAGGGACAAAUCUCCCGCCAGCUGGCGACCGUCAACAUUCUCCGACAAAAUAAAAGUAAAUCUGGGACUUCGGCGAGCACGUCCGAUCCGGUCACCGUUUCUAUCUCACCUCAGCCGGCCGCCCAGAACAGAGCGGAAAAACCGUCGGCAAAAAAAGAUCAGCGCAAGCUCCCGUCUACCGUGACAAUGUCGGAAAACACCAUGGUGAUCUCCCUCGAUGAUUUGGAGGACGUUGGGGAUGGUUCCGAUACGGACUCGGAUGUCCAGGAAUGUGGUUCCCCUUCUGAAGCGUCGGAUGUGGCUAAAAAUAACGCGACAACGGUGAGGUCACGUGAGAAUGGUGAAGGGAGCACGAUUCGAAGGUCUUCUGAGGAGAUGGGCGUGCCGACGGUGUCUGUUGAUGUGGGUCGUGGUGGUGUCAUGAGCAGGGAGACAACUCUGUCGUCGUCAUCUGUGGCUGCUUCUGUGACGUCAGGCCGGACGGAGACGGCAGGUGGCAGUGGUGUUGCGUCAGUGACAGUCCAGCCAGCCAAGUCACGUGACACGGUUAGUCUGCCUGGCGCGUCAGUGACUCUGCAGGAUGACGGCCCAAGCGUGGCGUCGGUAUCCUCCGAGAAAACUCCAUCGGAAACACAGACGCUGGUGCAGAAGAGAGUGGAGGAGAUCAAGAAGUCGCUGCAGUCUCAGAUCGACUCCCUCGUGACGGAGCUGGAGAAGUCGGUGACCCCUGACCCCGUGGCCACCUCCAGUCAUGACAAACUGGUAGUGGAGAACAAGAAACUGAACCAAAGACUAACGGAUCUGGCACACACGUCAAAGAAAAGUUUGCAGGAGAUGCAGCUGUCCUACGAAGCUCAGAAGAAGAAGCUGGUGGAGUCGCUAGAAGAGCAGUUCAGCAAGACCAUGGAGCGCUCCAUCGCAGAGACCAAGAAACAUCAGUGGUGUGCUCAGUGCUGGAAGGAGGCCGUCUACUACUGCUGCUGGAACACGAGCUACUGCAGCUACAAGUGCCAGCAGCGACACUGGCCCACGCACAUGCCCAAGUGCAUGCAGGCGCCGCAGCCAUCGCAGCCGCAGCCGCAGCAACAGCCUGUUGAGGCUUCGACUCAACUCAGGCAGACGCCCGUUCUCGCGAACUCGCUGCUGUGGCCACAGUCAUCAUCAUCCUCAUCGACAGCGACAUCGUCCGCGGUAGACGCAUCCAGCUUACCCUACAUCAUCUCCACCCUCACCACCACCACAUCCACCGCCAGCAACAACAGCGUCAAUGACAGCAGCGGCAGUAGCGCGAUGAAGGGCCCCACGGUGUCGAUUACCCACAGCCACGGCAGUAGUAGCAGCAGUCAGCACCCGACGG